AAAAAAUCGAUAGAGAAUGAUGAGAACCGAUACAAUGCCAAAAAUCUUAUUUUAUUUUUCAUAUUCAGAAAAAAAUAGUAUCCUAAAUCAUUUGAUGAAAAUGAAUUAAACCAUUGAAUGGUAGAAUUUUUAUCAAUUUGUUCUUUAUUCUAAUGAAAUUUAUCAUGAAUAAAUGAUAAUUUUAUCGUAAUCAAUUGUGCAUUAACGUUAUUAAUUCAAGAUUUAUAACUAAUUAAAAACGAUUGAAUAUUUCCUAUUGCUUUUUAGUAAUUUUUUUUAAGAUUUGCAGGCAGGAAAGUUUUUUCUAUCUUACCACGUGAGCAGCAAUAGAGCAAUAGGAUCUCUAGUCUUGAUUAGUCUUGAUUAUGAGUAUAAAUCAAUAGAGUUUGAGAGUUGGAGCUUGAAACAAUAUUUUCUCCCAUUACUUUUUCAUCUCCCACUUCUUUUGUCGCGUGUUGUUAGUGCAGUUCAUCGUCAUGAGCUGCGCUGAUGAGCGAUUUCGUAAGCCGUGGUAGUAAGUGGUAAGCCGGGAAUAUCGCCGGGCUUCAGCUUCAUUAUCAGCAGUUUGUUGCAAUCGGCAACGAUUAGCUUGAGAACACGCGGCAGGCGCGACGAUUUCUCGCGGAUGAUCUGGUAUUGCGUUUGCGAAAAAAAGCUUCCGCACUUAUCCGAGAACGAGGAUCAUGUAUACCGUGUCAAAGGGACCUAGCAAAAUCGUAGCGAAAACACGGCGAGGAAUCAGUCAGAAUCUCGAAAGAUUGGAAACUCUGCGUGAUGUAACGAGAAAGACCGAUAUUGAAGAUGACCACGAGAUUAUUCGUCAUAUACCAAAGCCAGUUUUCCAUAUGAAUGGGAAAUCCAAGUUCAUCUCGCAGCGACAUCAGAUGCAAGAAGUUAUCACACCACAACACGAGGAACUCAUCAAAUUUAUUUACGAAUCAUGGAAUCAAGUUAAUAUGCGACAAAGAAGCGAAUGUUGCGAUGGCACAGAAUGUGCACAACUUUGCAGUCCUAAGGAUUCGAUAGUAUAUUACAAUGAUGGUGAACGAAGUGAUAGUCUUCAAGACUUUAAACCAUUUGAUUUGGAAUCUUGGUGGGGCAAACGAUUAUUUAAUAAUAUUACCAAGUCACUUUGAGAUAUUAAAAAAGAGCUAAUAUUACAUUUCUGAGGACUUUUACUACGUUGGAGGUAGUAUAGCAGCCUGUUCUACACAAAUUGAUUGCAUCUUAAGCAUGUGAUUUAAACUUAACAGAGUUCUAAAAUUGGUAAGAUAAUGUUAAAAUACAGAUCUCAAAUCUGUAAGUUCAAUAUAUGUAUCGUGUCUAAAUUGCCAAUUAAAAUAUCACUCGAGUUAUAUGGGUGUGUGUGUCCACGCGCGCGUGCACACACACACACAAAAUACGUGUACUACACAAGCGCAUCAUGUCAUAUUAUAAAAGCAAUAAAUUACUAUCUGCGAUUUUGUACACAUUGUGCGUAUGCAAAAUAUAAAUAACAGUAACAAACACUGUUAGUAAUUCAAAUGAUUUAAUAACGAUUGUUUGUUUAUAUGCAUUUUUUAAAGAAAGUUUCUACAUUACAUAUUGAUAUUUGUUUAUUGUUGCUCUAUUGUUAGAAUUGCUCAAUAUUAAUAAGAUGCAGAAUCUUGGCAUCCGUUUCGUACAGAGCUUUGAAAGCUUGUAACAGAGUUUCACGCAAUUUUUAGUAGACAAUAAGUAGAAUAACGCGAGGUACUGUAUAAUAUAAAGCCAAAGUAGUUAAAAGAUUCAAAGUUCUGUUAAGUUUUAAACAUACAUAGAAGAAUUGGAGAGAGAGAGAGAGAGAGAGAGAGAGAGAGGAGAGAGA